UUUCUGUACACUCACAGUCACUCACAUUGGUGCCAAAGUCACUAACCUACUCAUCAGAUUGAACUCGUUUUGCUCUUCUUUGUUCUACUACACUCUACCUACAUUACAUGAAAAUUAAAUAAAAUUGCAUCAAAAUGCAAUCUACACUAACACCCUACACCCCAUUCUUCAAGCUUCGAAUCUUAACACUACUAUUAUUACAACUUCAAAUCCUCCCUACUCUCUCUCUCUCCCCUUGCCGUACCUCCUGUGGCAACGUUGCUAUAAAGUACCCAUUUGGUCUCGACGAUGGUUGCGGCGCACCACAGUUCAGGCACAUGUUUAACUGCACCACUGACUUGUUCUUCACAACACCUUCUGGUGCCUACAAAGUCCAAUCCAUCGACUACGACAAAAAAACUAUGGUAGUAUAUGACCCAGCAAUGUCUACAUGUUCCAUUCUACAACCUCACCACGACUUUCUUAUGACGGACAUUCAAUCUGUCAUAAUACCUCCUUCACCAGACACCAUUUUUGUACUCCUCAAUUGCUCCAUUGACUCUCCUGUACUUAACCAUUACAAGAAUCUUUGUUUCAACUUUUCGGGUCACUCUUGCGACGAGCUUUAUGGUUCAUGCAAUGCUUUCAGAUUGUUCCAUUUGUUGACUAAUAGUACUCCACCAUGUUGUUUUACUGGGUAUGAUACUGUGAAGUACAUGAGCAUGAAUAUCUUGGAUUGCACGCAUUAUACUACGGUGAUUAAUAGUGAUAAUUUGAAGGGAAUAGGACCUUUGGAUUGGGUAUAUGGGAUCAAGCUUUCGUUCACUGUUGCGGAAACUGGGUGUGAAAGGUGUGCAGACUCUGGUGGCACUUGUGGGUUUGAUACUGAGACCGUGGGGUUCUCCUGCCUUUGCUCAACUUCUAUGAACGCUACUAGAGAAUGUGAUGCAGGCAGUGUUACAGAUGAGGGACACGGUCAUGCUCCGAUGUUAUUAUUCCAAGCAUUUGUUUUGAUUCUGGGGACAUUUCUGUGCAUGAAUUUAUAAUGAUGUCUCGCUGUUAUUUGAUUUUGAUUUUUUUUUGGGUUGUGGGGAGAGAGAGUUGGGCUUGGGCGCAAACAAUUUGUAAUAUCUUUUUGGACCUAUUGAGAACAUGCUUUGCUUGGGUUUUGCAAUCUUUCCAAAUAGCAAAGGUAGCUAGCAGAAGGGAAUUCGCAUGAAUUUACUAUGACUUCCCUACUCGAUUUGUACAUUUUUAUGUUGUUUCUCAUACAAGGCUGGGAACUCUGUGGGAGAAACUCAUCACCAAAAUGUCAUAAAUAACUGUGUUGAAAUUUGCGCUUCAGAA